UGUCAAGUGGCUGCGACCGUCCCAUUGAGAGAUUUUUCCCUGCCGUUCAUCACUCAUCAUGCUGGCGUUCCGCUCCCUCAGCAAGCUCCGCAUGGCGCGGUCGUCCGCCGCGGCUUCAUUCAGCUCGUCUGCCACGGAAUAUGACGUGGUCGUCGUGGGUGGAGGCCCCGGUGGGUACGUCGCGGCGAUCAAGGCCGCGCAAUUGGGCCUCAAGACCGCCUGUGUCGAAGCGCGCGGCACGUUGGGUGGCACGUGCUUAAACGUGGGGUGCAUUCCGUCCAAGGCGUUGUUGCACGGCACGCACUUGUACCAUGCCGCGCAGCAUGACUUUAAGAGCGUCGGUAUCAAAGUCGACAACGUCAGCAUCGACUUUAACCAGUUGAUGAAGUCCAAGGAAAAAACGGUCAAGAUCCUCACGGGCGGCAUUGAAGGCUUGUUCAAGAAGAACAAGGUCGACUACGUCAAGGGAUUCGGGAAGAUUGUGGCCAAGGGCCAACUCAGCGUCGCGCUGAACGGUGGUGGCAACCAAACCCUGCACACCAAGAACAUCUUGAUCGCGACCGGGUCGGAAGUGACCCCGUUGCCGCCCGUCCCUGUCGACAACGAAGGCGGGAAGAUCGUUGACUCGACCGGUGCGUUGUCGUUGAAACGCAUCCCCAACCACUUGGUUGUGGUCGGCGGUGGCGUCAUUGGUCUGGAAAUGGGGUCGGUGUACGGUCGCCUCGGUUCUAAGAUCACGGUCGUCGAGUACGCCGACAAGAUUUGCCCGACGAUGGACCACGAACUCACCAAGGAGUUCCAGAAGCUGUUGACGAAGCAAGGCAUGACGUUCAAGCUGGGCCAAAAGGUCACGGCGUCCAAAGUCGACGGCGAUACCGUCACGUUGACGGUGGAACCUGCCGCCGGCGGCGACGCGACCACGAUCGAAGCGGACUGCGUGUUGGUCGCGACGGGCCGCCGCCCGUACACGGCAGGCUUGGGCUUGGAGGACAUGGGCAUUCAAACCGACCGCUUUGGCCGCAUCAAGGUCAACUUGAGCAACUUCCAGACCAACGUUGACGGCAUCUACGCAAUUGGCGACGUGAUUGAAGGCGCCAUGUUGGCCCACAAGGCCGAAGAAGAAGGCAUUGCGGUUGUCGAGACGAUUGCCGGCAAGCACGGCCACGUCAACUACGACGCGAUUCCGGGGGUUAUCUACACGUUCCCGGAAGUCGCGAGCGUCGGGAAGACGGAGGAAGAGCUCAAGGCCGCCAACGUCGCGUACAACGUGGGCAAGUUCCCGAUGAUGGCCAACUCGCGCGCGCGCGCCGUCGGCGAAACCGACGGGUUUGUCAAGGUGCUGGCCGCCAAGGACGACGACAAGAUCCUCGGCAUCCACAUCAUUGCGUCCAACGCGGGCGAAAUGAUCUCGGAAGGCGUCCUCGGCAUCGAGUACGGCGCAUCCGCCGAAGACAUUGGCCGAACGUGCCACGCACACCCGACCUUGAGCGAAGCGUUCAAGGAAGCGUGCAAUGCCGCGUACGACAAGCCCAUCAACUUUUAAGCGCACGAUGCUCGCAUAAUACCAAUAUCACCAGUUCAUCGACCG